UCGACUUUUAGAUGCCUAAGGUAAAUAUUGAGAAAAAGUAGUUUAGUGUGUACGCAAAAUAGCGGCUUUAUAAGAAAAGCACAAUAAUAAGAAGGAUUUAACCAGCAUGGGAAGACGCAAAUCGAAAAGAAAGCCCCCACCAAAAAGAAAACAUAUACAACCCUUGGAUCUUCAAUUCAAUUGUCCAUUUUGUAAUCACGAACUUUCCUGCGAGGUGAAAAUGGACAAGGGCCGAAAUACGGCACGUAUUUCAUGUCGAAUAUGCCUGGAAGAAUACCAAACCUCCAUUAAUUUUCUCUCGGAACCACUGGAUGUAUAUAAUGAUUGGGUAGACGCUUGCGAGAAUGCCAAUUAACUCGUUUAAACAAUGAACAUUUGGGAUAAUAUAAGUAUUUUUUAACAUAAAUAUAUGAUUUAUAGAUAAAUAUA